AUGCCUUUCAACACCGCCCUCACGCGCAAGCUGGGCAUUCGCGUGCCCGUUGUGCAGGGUGGCAUGCAAUGGGUAGGAUAUGCUGAGCUGGCCUCGGCUGUCAGUAACGCAGGAGGACUCGGUCUUCUCACAGCGCUCACCCAGCCCACCCCUGAAGAUUUGCGCAAGGAAAUCCGACGAUGCCGCACCAUGACCAAGUACCCCUUCGGUGUCAACCUGACCCUCCUCCCCGCCAUGAUUCCCCCAGACUACGGUGCCUACGCCCAGGUCAUCAUCGAUGAAGGAAUCAAAAUUGUCGAAACUGCUGGUAACAACCCAGGUCCUGUGAUCACCCAACUGAAGAAGGCGGGCAUCAUCAUCCUGCACAAGUGUACCACAAUCCGACACGCCAAGUCCGCCGUCAAGCUGGGCGUGGACUUCCUUUCUAUCGAUGGCUUCGAGUGUGCUGGCCACGUCGGUGAGCACGACAUCACAAACUUCAUCCUAUUGAGCCGUGCGCGCCAAGAACUAGGUGUGCCGUUCAUCGCCUCGGGUGGCUUUGCUGAUGGCCAAGGUCUGGCUGCUGCUCUUGCUCUUGGCGCGGAGGGUAUUAACAUGGGUACUCGGUUCAUGAGCACUGUUGAGGCUCCCAUUCACCAAAAGAUUAAGGAGGCUAUUGUUAACGCCGAGGAGACGGAUACUGCCCUUGUUCUGCGUCGCUGGAAGAACACCUCGCGGCUGUUUGCCAACCAGGUCACCAAGGACGCUCUCAAGGUUGAGCAGGAGAGCACCACCGGCGAGUUCAGUGAGAUCGCGCCGUAUGUGAGUGGCAAGCGCGGUCGUGAGGUCUUCAUCAACGGCGACAAGGACUAUGGAGUGUGGACUGCUGGUCAAGUCAUUGGAUUGAUUCACGACAUUCCAACUUGCGCUGUACUGCUUGAUAGAAUUGAGAAGGAGGCACUGGAGGCUAUGAGCCGGACUCGGUCUCUGUUUAGCGAUGCUCCUGCUAGCAAGCUGUGA